AUGCUCUCUUCUUCCACGGCAGUACUACUGAGCAAACUACGAUCUCUUCUCUCUCUCUCUCUCAUGUCUUGGUUGAACUUGAGGCGGCUUUCGCUGGCUAGAAAGGUAUGGAAGGUCUUCACCACCAAGCUCCAAAGGAACCUGAACAAGCUUAACAGAUCCAAACUCACCAAGAAACCAAAGAACCCGAUCAACAAUACAAGCAAAACAGUUUUCUGGCCUUUCACAUCCCAUAAAUCCCAACUUAGACGUCAAAUAGGGACCUUCCAACCAGCCCAUACACUUGGCUACCACCAUCACGGUUAUCUCCUCCAAAAGAGAUCUAAGCCUGUAUACAUCGAUCAGCUUUUUGUAGAACCUGUACCAGCGGUGAACGAGACCACAGCAAGCAAAGCAGCUAUAGACAAUUGUUCGACAAGUGCAAAUAAAAUCAAGCUCAUUAAUCAGCAAACUGCAGAGGAAGAUGAUAAUAUUGAAAAGAACCGUUCAGCAGAUGAAUUAUGGGAAUCAUUGAUGUUGGCAUCACCACAAAUGCACGGAAUCAACGAGAGAGCUGAGGAGUUUAUUGCUAGAUUCCGGGCAGAGAUGCAGCUUCAGGAGAUGUUGAACCGUCACUUGUAG